AUGCUCCGAACACGUGCUCCAUUGACUUUCAUCCGCCAAAUCGGCACCAUCGCUGUCCAAGAACCAGCUGGACCAUCAGUCAAGACCGAAAUUCCUGGUCCACGAUCCAAGCAUCUCCAUGAGAGUUUGAAGAGAGUUCAUGUGAGUUAUUUUACUCUUGUGGAGCCACAGAAACAGCAAAUAUUAUAAUAAAUUUCGGCCAAAACACAGAAGAUAAGUGGGCGCAGAUUGGUGAUAGCUUGUGCAGGCUGCGUAAGCCAAUUUAUACGAAUAUAUUCUGAUUUUCGUCGACGAUUGUGCUGCCUAAUUUAUUUUGUCAGUCGUUCACAAUAUUUAUGACAGUAUCUUAUAAAAAUUAUCUUUUAAAAAGUAGUGUUUAUAUUAUUAACUUAUUCGAUAUUGUAGAUAUCAAUUUCCUUUUUUAGCAAGCCCCAUCAGUCAAGUUCUUCGUAGAUUAUGAAUCUUCUUUUGGCAACUACCUUAUCGAUGCUGAUGGUAAUGCCCUUCUCGACUCUUUUAUGCAAAUUUCCUCAAUUCCAAUUGGUUACAAUCAUCCUGAACUUAUUGCUCUCCACAGUGAUCCCAGACUCAUCGUAUGUUUAUGUUCAUAACCUUACAGUAUUAUUGCUUGUAGUUCAACAUUGUGUAAUAAAAUGUUAUUUUAGACAGCAGCUGUAAGUCGACCAGCUUUGGGCAACUUCCCACGAACUGACUUUGCUGAACUUGUCUCCAAUUCUUUGAUUUCGGUAAGAUUUUAAGUCUAAAUUGAUUAUAAGGUGAUCAAGCUGAUAAGUUUGUUAUCUUUUGUAAACUUUGAUGAAAUUCUAUUCAAAGUUAUAAAUCUACUUAUUAUACUAUAGAAAAAUAGCAAAGGUUAAAAUAAUUAUUUUGCAGGUGGCCCCUCCAGGCCUUCGCCAUGUCCAAACAAUGAUGGAUGGUACUGGAGCCAAUGAGAAUGCAAUUAAGCAAGCUUUUAUCAGAUAUCAAACCCUGAAGCGUGGAGGUCCACCAUCUCCAAAAGACCUUGAAUCCUGCAUGAAUCAGGAACUUCCAGGAACGCCAAAGCUCAGUGUUCUUGGAUUCCAGGGAAGUUUCCACGGAAGAAGUUUGGGCAUGCUCAGUGUGACAAGGUGGGUUUGAUGCAGAUGCGAUAAGAAUAAGGUCAAAUAAAAUUUAUACCUUGUUUAUUUGUAAUAUAGUAAUUUAACUUUUCAAAAAGCCUCAAGUCACAAUAUUCGUAUCUUCAGGUCGAAAGCCGUCCACAAAGUUGACAUCCCGGCCUUUGACUGGCCGAUUGCCAAGUUCCCUCGCUACAAGUACCCAUUGGUGAAGCACGAGAGCUACAACAAGAGGCAGGACAAGGAAUGUUUGGAAGAUGUGAAACGUCUGAUUGAGCAACGCAAGAAGGAGAAGCGUGAUGUGGCCGCCGUUCUGAUCGAACCGAUCCAAUCAGAAGGCGGAGAUUACCACGCCUCCAACGAAUUCUUCACGGAACUUCAGAAGAUCUGCAAGGAGAAGGGAGUCACCUUCAUAGUGGACGAGGUGCAGACAGGUGGUGGUGCUAGUGGUCACUUCUGGGCUCACGAAAAAUGGCAAUUGCCCGAGGCGCCGGAUAUCGUGACCUUCUCGAAGAAGGCAUUGAUUGGCGGAUACUUCUACAAGGAUGAACUCACGGUGAAUGAGGUAAGCUUUAUGAUUUGUUGAGGACAAUAGUAUUUUAAACUUUAUUUCGGCUGAACGGUAAAUAACCUUUUAACUUUCAGCCCUAUCGUAUCUUCAACACCUGGAUGGGAGAACCCACCAAGCUCGUGAUUCUUGAGAAAGUGAUCGAGAUCAUCAAACGCGACCGACUGGUCGAACAAACCGCUAAAGUCGGUGAGCAUCUCCAAAAAGCCCUGGAGAAGCUUGAACAACAUUACCCCAACCUGGUGUCUUCAGUUCGUGGUCAAGGCAAUCUGUGUGCCUUUGAUCUGCCGGAUUCAGGAAAGCGUGACAAACUUUUGGGAAUCGCGUUGAAGCACGGUCUUCACAUCGGAGGCUGUGGCGAUCUGACCGUUCGCUUCAGACCAUCCCUGAUCUUCGAACAAAAACAUGCCGAUAUUGCCAUUGACAUUCUGAGUCAGUCUCUCAAGGAGUUGUAA